CCACCGCGCCACCACCUGCGAACUCACGCGUAGCGCAACCACUUGCGUUCUCGAUGUGUACUAUCUGUCCAGGAAACCGAACUACCUGUGUGCGUUUAUGAACCUUUGUAUAUAAAUCUGCGGUGUAUUCAAUAUAACUUACCUGUGAAGUUUAUAUAAAAUAAUAAAGUGCUUCAUAACAAAUCGAAAAAUUUGGAAUUUACGAAACUUUUCUGUUUUCGAAGAACAGCGUGCGCGGCGGGUCGCGGCAUGCGUCCCAAGCGGUAGCGGCAGCAUGCGCGCCGUGUCGCUGUGCCUCGCGCUGCUCGUGCUGGCGCGCCACAUCCAUGCACAAGCCAUCCAGGACAGUCGCUGCUACCUCAUGAACGGCGGCGCCGUCGAGAGCUUCUUCAUCAGCGAGGACACACCUGUCGGCAGUGUUAUCGGUACUCUGAGCGUGAAUGGCGACCCGUCGAAGGAGCAGGGCGACAUCACGCUGCGGCUGCAGGAGAAGGGCGCGGCGGUGGGCAUCGCGCCCGGCACCAAGAACCUCACGCUGCUGCGCGCGCUCGACCGCGAGGAGAAGCUGGGGCCCUCCAACGUGUACGUCAACGUGCGCUGCGACCGACGGAGGACUACUGAUCCCAGCUUCAUAAUCCCUGUGUCGGUGCGCGUGUGGGACGUGAACGACAACGCGCCGGCGUGGCUGGGCGCGCCGUACCGCGCGCGCCUGUCCGAGCUCACCGCGCCCGGCACGCGCCUCGCGCUCGGCGCCCGCGCCGCCGACGCCGACCAGCCCGGCCCGCACGCCACCAUACACUACUCCGUGCUGCCAGGACCGCAUCGUGAGUACCUUGGGUUCCCGAACGAGCUGGACAGCGUGUUGGUGGUGAAGAAGCCGCUAGACUACGAGACGCUGCGCAACUUCACGGUGACGCUGCGCGCGCAGGACGCGGGCACGCCGCCGCUGCACAACGACACCGUGCUGCACGUGCAGGUGCUGGACGCGGACGAUCAGAACCCCAAGUUCACGCACGAACAUUACACUGCCACGCUACCUGAAGAUGCUAAAGAGGGCACAAUCCUGGCCACGUCGCCAGGUCCCAUUGCAGCGGCAGACCAGGACGUGGGCAUCAACGCGCCGCUGCAGUACUCGGCCACUGGGGACAAUGCACGCCUGGUGCUGGUGGACAAGGAUACCGGACAGGUGGCUGCCACCAAGCAGCUCAUAGAGGAGCUCAGCCAACCUGUCACUAUUGUUAUAAAGGCGACGCAAGUGGACAACUCGGACCGCUACGCGCUGUGCACGCUGGGCGUGUCGCGGGCGGGCGCGGCGCGCGGCGUGCGGUUCCGGCGCCGCCACUACGCCGCCGCCGUCAGCGAGGCCGCGCCGCUCGGCGACACGCUGCUCACGCUGCACACGCAGCCGCCGCCGCAACACAACCUGCAGAACAACCUCCAGUUCUACGUGUCAGACCGCUCAUUCCUGGACAAGUUUGCGAUCAACAGCGCGGGCGAAGUGGUGCUACGGAGACCGCUCGAUUACGAGACGGCUGACUCCUAUCACUACCAGGUCAUGGUCACCGAUGGAGUUUCUAACGACACAGCGUCGAUAAACAUUACGGUGCUGAACGUGAACGAGUGGGAGCCGCGGUUCCGCUACCCGCAGUACGAGUUCCGCGUGGACGACGACGCCGGCGACGCCGAGCUGCUGCCUGUCGGCAAGCUCGACGUCUUCGACGGAGACAAGCAGGACAACGUCACGCUCACGCUGCGAGGCUCCGGAGCUGAUGCGCUGGUGGUGAACGCGUCGGGCGGCGUGUGGGUGCGCAGCUCUGCUCUGCGCGCGCACAACGCGUCGGUGCUGCACGUGGUGGCCACCGCCAGGGACUCCGGCGCGCCGCCCAGACAGACAUCAGUGCCGGUGACGGUGCACCUGCGUCGGGCGGGGGCGGCGGGAGCGGGCGGGGCGGGCGGGGCGGCGGAGGGGGGCGUGGUGCUGAUGUUCGGCGGCGCGCUGGCGGCGCUGGCGCUGCUCGUCUGCGCGCUGCUUGGAUACAUAUACACUUGGUUCGUGCUGCCUACUAUCGACAAACUCCGUUUUCGAAUCGAGGCCUCGAUACAUUGUCGAUUCGAAUACGUUAGAUAUUCGUGCUUGGCCCACAGUCGUCGUCGAUCAAAGCGCAGUGCAGGUGGCUCAGGCUCCGGCUACGUGACACACGAGAAGCCCCCAGCGGCCCCCACCCCUGCCACGCCCCACGUGCCCGCCAGCACAGCGGUGACGGGGGUGCUGCCCACUGCAGGGGUGCUGCGGCCGGCGGGCUCCGCGGGCUCGCUGCUCAGUGUCAGCGCGGGCGCCAGCACCAUACUCGCUAACUCUACGUCCAGCUUAGAUCUGCAGCAAGAGGCGCACAGUGUGGCGCAAGGACACCAUAAUAAUUCAGCGCGACAAUCCCAGCGCAUCCCCCGCAGUAAGGUGGCCCCACUAACCCCGGGCCCCACAAGCUCGGGCCCAGCGAGCUCGGGCCCCGGCAGCGCGGGCGGCGGCGUGGCGUCGCUGAUGUCGGACCACCUGGGCCGGGGCGCGGGCCGCUCGGGCGUGGCGUGGCCGAGCGCCACCAUCCCCGCGCGCGUCAAGAAGCUCAGCUGGGACGACGCCGCACAUGAUAACAAGAGGGGAGGAGCUGACAGACGCCACCAACCCCACGCUGGCAGACCACAUGAACCUCACCGUCUACUUCUGACCGAGGGCCCGGGACCAAGCGAAGACAAGGCACAAACUUUUCAUAACCAGGCUCUAGAUGAAAAUAAUAGAGUAACUGAAGUAAAGAAUAAAGGUCUAGAAGACCAAAAUCUUACAGAAGCCGGUACUGUUAGACAGGAAGGCAAAUCAGUUAACAGAACUGCAGGUCAACAAAGCAACGAUAAACAUCACAAAGACACUGUAAAUAAUCAUGAAACUAAAAAUGAUGUUCCAUUACCAGGAUCUACAAAAACGUAUUUAGAAGAAAAGGGUGCACCGUCAGAUAAUUAUCGACCCUCAGAUCCUCUGAAUACUGUUGGAAUACCAAUCUAUAACAAUUCUUCGCCUCAUAAUUAUAUGUAUACCAAUCACCCAGUUUCCGCGUCAAAUUUUUAUAUUCCCGGUUUAAGCGAGCCGUCUUCGCCAUCCAACUAUUCUACGAUGGCAAUGAGUUACCCCAGACAUCCCAGUCACGCUAUCAUAUUGCAAAAUGAUCGACCUCCCAGUAGCCGGCCAGUCCCGACCCAUAUACUUCUCACCAGCAACCACAAGCGUACGAAGCAUCUGAAGCCGCCGUCUAACAACAAGCUCAAAAGCAAACCCGUCACAAUUCACCACAUAACUCCCAUUUGCUACCCUGUACAGUCUUCCAGUCAGUCGGCUCUCUUCCACCCGCCUGCGCCGUCCAACUACGCGUUACCAGUGAGUCACCCUCACGCGAGCCAACAGCCGAUCUCUAUCAUACCACCUACUCACUACUUGCAAAGGGAACCUAAUCAAAAUGACCAGAGAUACGCGUCGCCUUCAGCCCCAGUACUAUACGAAGAAGAACCUUCCCCCCUCGGUUCGUCAGGUCUUCCGCCAGCAUAUGCUACAAUUGACCCUAAGAAACUUCGCGCGAUGCACAUACGACCCGCAGUGUUCAAGCGGAAAGUGUUGGCGAACAACAAGCAGUACCAGUUGUUGUGAGUCAUGAUGAUGGAAUAAAUACUUAUACAAUUGUAACGAGGACUCAAAAUACGUUGGCCCAUGCCUUCAUACAGUUAAUAACAGUUUACAACAAUAUAGGUACCAACUCUACAUAAGUUGAUCUGAUCCCAUGAACAUUUUGCCAAGUGAUUCCUCGACUCUUCUGAUCGCAUAUACCUCCUGAUUAUUGUUUAUUUAUUUGCUCUAUCGAUAUAUGCAUCAGCACGACAGUACCUAAGUUCUACGCCAAGUCGGCGAGUGACUAGCUAAGUUGGCUGCAGAAACGUUAGUACCAUAUGUUGAGAUUAUAAUAGCUUAAGUUUACCGCUGUAGUUCACCAGGAGUGCUACUGUGAAAUACUUUGUAAAAUUAAUUGACAUCAAUGCCCUAGUAAAUAGAAUUGUACAUAGUUUUAUAAUGAUUACAUGUAAUUGUUCGGAGUUAGCAAUUUUUAUAAAUUUUAUAACAUGUGAUUAGUACUUUAGCUGUGUUUGCAGUUUGUAAAGAUUUAUUUGAUAAGAAACACUUUCUAUUGAGAGAGUAAUUGACGAGAACAUUAUUUAAGUAAGUAAUUACGUUAACAUUUGUGUUAAAAUAUUUAUAACAUAUUAUUUAGAUACGCAUGUACGAACUGUUAUUAUAAUGUUUUGUUUAAAU